AUGUUUUUCAAGCCCUUGGAUUUGACGACAGCCCUCCGCCCAUCUUUGCUUUCGGAUGAGUCCCUGCUCUUUGUCCAGGAUGCGGUGGGCUUGUACGAGGGGAAAUUCAAGAUUCCAAACUUUCAGGACGGGCACGCGUAUCUUACCUCUCACCGGGUCUGUUACGUUGCGACCGAGAAUCCUCGACAACAUUCCGUCGCCAUUGAAUUGAAAGAUGUCGACCGGGUUGACUACCAGGGAGUCUUCCUGAAGUCUUCGCCGAAAAUAACUAUAUACUCGAAGAAGCCAAAGCGGAGUCUGGGCCAAGAUAACAAUACUUCAUCCGCUGCAUCUGGCCAGUUGUCGCAUAGUAAUAGGGGCACACCCACCCCGCGAAGUAUACCGCCGACCUCACACUCCCUUAAUGCAACGUGGGUUUGUCCCAUCUGUUCAUUUUCCAAUCCAGUGCCUUCUAAUUUCGACGCCGCAACCGGGACACCCCUCCCACCUUGCCUGGCAUGUGGUAUCAAACCACCACUUACCGUUAUCUUGAAGGCAACUAUCGCAGCUGCCACCGACAGAAUCUCGAGUGGUUUGAAUUCGGUCGCGCCGACAGAUGCACCUGCGCGAGAACCGAUUCAGAGUCCAGCUAUAGGAUCAGAAUCCGCAUCCUCCGGGGUUCAAGGCAGCACUUUGUCUUGCCCUAGAUGCACAUUCAAUAACCAUCCGUCCUUGUUGGAGUGUGAGAUUUGCGGGGCUUCUCUAGUGACACUGAGUUCUAAGGACAAACUUGCCGCAGGUCCACACCGUGAGGAGUCUCCAGCACCGAUUUUCAACCAGUCGAGCAUUACGAAUACAGAAAUUAAGGAUUAUAUAAAACUUUCAUUUCGAGGGGGCGGCGAGAAGAUCUUCUACGAGAGAUUGAAGGGCUGCUUGGUGCAAAGGAAGUGGCUGCUCCAGAACGCCCCUCCAAUACCCCAAUUAUCUAGCUCUGCACAUCGCGAAACCAGCUCAUCACCUAUUCCCGGUCGGUCUAAUGAUUCUACGCCCAAGCCGUCGGCUGUAGGGAUUGCCGGUUUGGAGAUGCGAGGUUUUGAGGCUCGCAAAAAUAAUGAAUUGGUGAUUGGCAAUGCCUUUGAGGAUUUGGAAGCACUGAUGGCUUCCGCAAAACAAAUAGUCUCUUUGGCGGAAACUCUGGCCUCGGAGUCGGGCAUAAAUGCAGCUGGAGGAUCUACCGAAGCAAGCACUGUUCUUUCGCAGUCUGCGGCAGCUCUAGGUAUGGUAACGACAAGGGACAUGCUUGGCUCCGGUGCAGAAAGUUUGUAUAUAUCUGAGCUCUCGCGGAAUUUGGCCGAGUACUUGACAGAUGACCGCAAAGGGGUCCUACGCAAGGAAGGCGGGAUUAUCAGUCUCGUUGAUCUCUGGGCUUUAUUUAACCGGACUCGCAACGGGGUAGAACUUGUAAGCCCUUCUGAUUUUGAGCAAGCAGCACGCUUGUGGGAUAAGCUCAAGCUUCCGGUACGUCUGCGCCGCUUCAAAAGCGGACUUCUUGUCGUCCAGUCAAAUGAUUGGAGUGAUGAGAAGGUCAUCCAUCAACUAGACAAGUGGCUACAAGAUAUUCGCGAUCAAGCUCUACCCGAAGGCAUAUCGUGGAACUGGAAUAAGUACGGUCGUGGAAUAACAGUGCAGGAAACGGCACAGCACUUUGGCUGGAGCGUCGGCGUCGCUGCGGAAGAACUUGAAAUGGCAGAAGACAAGGGGACCUUGUGCCGGGAAGAGGGGAUUGAGGGAGUGCGGUUCUGGAAGAAUUUCUUCCUUGCUGACGAGUUGGGGGAUACUGGACUGGAGCGAAGAAUCUCAUCUCUAGCCGUAUGA